AGUAGUAUAAACAGAACACCAAAUCUUUGGUACGGUAGGCAUAUUCCCAAUUUAUUUUUGUUAUUACUGGUACAGCAGAGAGUGCAGGAGGAAGAAGACACCGGAAAAAAUGGAUUUGCUGCCGGCAGAGACGCCGGAACUUGCGAAGAAACAUGGAUUCCGAUCACUGAAACUGGUGAACAUCGACAUGGAGCAGCCGCUCGGUGAAAAACCAUACGGCGUAGACUACGGUAGGCUCGACAAUGGCCUCACUUAUUACGUUCGAUCCAAUUCUAAGCCCAAAAUGCGCGCUGCUCUUGCUCUCGUCGUCAAGGCUGGCUCAGUUUUGGAAGAGGAAGAUGAAAGAGGAGUUGCUCACAUAGUUGAACAUCUAGCUUUCAAUGCAACUACAAAAUAUACAAAUCAUGACAUUGUCAAGUUUAUGGAAAGCAUUGGAGCAGAGUUUGGUGCUUGCCAGAAUGCCAUGACUUCAGCCGAUGAUACUGUUUAUGAGCUGUUUGUCCCUGUAGACAAACCAGAGUUAUUACCACAGGCUAUAUCAGUCUUAGCAGAGUUUAGUAGUGAGAUUCGGGUCUCACCAGAAGACUUGGAGAAAGAGAGAGGGGCUGUGAUGGAAGAGUAUAGGGGAAGCCGAAAUGCCAAUGGUCGAAUGCAGGAAUCACAUUGGGCUUUGAUGAUGGAAGGUUCUAAGUAUGCGGAGCGCUUGCCAAUUGGAACGGAAAAAGUUAUCCGAACAGUUUCUGCUGCAACCGUGAAGCAGUUCUAUAAGAAGUGGUACCAUUUACAGCAUAUGGCAUUGAUAGCUGUUGGAGACUUUCCCAGCACAGAGGGUGUAGUUGAAUUGAUAAGGGUGCACUUUGGACAGAAAAGUUCAUCUCAUGAACCUCCGGAUAUACCUAAUUUUCCAGUUCCAUCGCAUGACGAGCCGCGUUUUUCAUGUUUCAUUGAAUCUGAAGCUGCUGGGUCUGCAGUAAUGAUCAGCUGUAAAAGGCCAUCACAAGAGCUAAAGACUAUAAAGGACUACAGGGAUUUGCUUGUGGAGUCCUUGUUCCUUCUAGCAUUAAACCAGAGACUGUUCAAAGUUUCUCGUAGGAGAGACCCACCUUUUCAUUCUUGCUCUGCUGCGGCGGAUGAUCUAGUAUAUCCAAUUAAAGCUUAUAUAAUGACUUCAUCUUGUAAAGAGAAUGGAACAAUUGAAGCUUUGGAGGCGAUGCUCAUGGAGCUUGCAAGGAUUCACCUGCAUGGAUUUUCAGAGCGUGAAAUAUCCAUUGUUCGGGCUUUACUAUUAUCUGGGAUUGAAUCUGCUUAUCUGGAGCGUGAUCAAAUACAAUCAACCAGCUUAAGGGAUGAAUAUGUGCAGCACUUUCUCUGCAAUGAACCUGUUGUUGGAAUUGAAUUUGAGGCACAACUUCAAAAAACUCUUCUACCAUCUAUAUCUGUGGCUGAGGUAGCCACAUAUGCUCAGAAGUUUUGCACGACAUGCAAUUGCGUCAUUAAGGCAAUUGAGCCUCAGGCUACUGUAACUUUAGAUGACCUCAAAAAUGCUGUGGCAAAAAUCACCUGCCUUGAGGAAGGAGGAAACAUCUCGGCUUGGGAUGAAGAGCAAGUUCCUGAAGAAAUAGUUACUAUUAAGCCAAGUUCUGGGAGUGUUGAUCAGCAGCAAGAAUUUGCAGAAAUCAACGUCACUGAGCUAAUUUUAUCAAAUGGCAUGAGAGUUUGCUAUAAGUGUACUGACCUCCUUGAUGAUCAGGUUCUUAUAAGUGGGUGCUCUUAUGGAGGUCUUUCAGAACUCUCAGAAGCUGAUUAUAUUUCAUGUUCCAUGGGUUCGACCAUUGCUGGUGAACUUGGUAAGUUUGGCCAUAAACCAUCAGUGCUGAUGGACAUGCUUGCUGGUAAGAGGGCUGAGGUUGGAACAAAACUAGGACCAUAUAUGAGAAACUUUUCUGCUGACUGUUCACCAACAGAUCUGGAGACUGCACUACAGCUUGUUUAUCAGCUUUUUAUGACAAAUGUGGAGCCAAGAGAGGAGGAAGUUAAAAAAGUGAUGGAAAUGGCAGAAGAAGCUGUCCGUGCUCAGGAGAGAGAUCCAUAUACUGCAUUUGAAAACCGUGUGAGGGAGAUAAAUUAUGGAAACUCAUACUUCUUUAGGCCUAUCAGAAUUAGCGAUCUAAAAAGGGUUGAUGCUUAUAAAGCAUGUGAGUAUUUCAGCAACUGUUUCAAAGAUCCAUCAACUUUUACGGUUGUGAUUGUCGGCAAUCUUGAUCCUGCUACUGCUCGUCCAUUGAUAUUGCAGUACUUGGGUGGAAUACCAAAGCCUCCUGUCCCAGUUUUGCAGUUCAGUCGUGAUAACCUCAAUGGCCUGCCCUUCACUUUCCCUGAUAACAUAAUCAGGGAAAUUGUCCGUAGACCUAUGGUGGAAGCACAGUGCUCAGUGCAGUUAUGUUUUCCUGUAGAAUUGAAGAAUGGGGACAUGAUUGAAGAGAUUCACUUUGUUGGAUUUCUGAGUAAAUUGCUGGAGACAAAGAUGAUACAAGUACUCCGCUUUAAACAUGGGCAGAUUUACUCUGCAGGUGUGUCUGUAUUCUUGGGGGGAAACAAGCCAUCAAGAACUGGUGACGUACGCGGGGACAUUAGCAUAAACUUUUCUUGUGAUCCUUCAGUGGCUUCAACUCUGGUUGACCUGGCAUUAGAUGAGGUUUUGCAUCUGCAGAAUGAAGGCCCUUCAAAUGAAGAUAUCUCAACCAUACUUGAAAUUGAGCAGAGAGCCCAUGAAAAUGGCUUGCAGGAGAACUACUAUUGGUUAGAAAGGAUUAUUCGAAGUUACCAAUCAAGAGUCUAUUCUGGUGAUUUAGGCUCUUCUUUCCAGAUUCAAGACGAAGCACGGUUGAGAGUAAGAACAUCUCUAACACCGUUAACAUCAAAGUUUGCAUUGCAAAGAAUUCUUCCAUUUCCUUGCAGAAAGAAGUACACAGUGGUCAUUUUGGUUCCUCAAACUAGACGUUUCCAAUUGCUAAGCUCAUUUUUUUGGGAAAGUUAUCCAUCUACGAAGUAUGCAGUAGGCAUAGCUGGUCUGACCAUUCUGACUCUCGCUUUGUGGAGAUAUUCGCGAAGUAAGCAUUAACCCGGAAUGAAACAUCCACAUACCCAGAUCUCUGCUUCAUGUAAGAAAACUUGUGCCAGAAGCCCCCGGGAGAUGUGCUCUAAGGAAAGGAGAGCUUGAGCUUCCCAGAUAAUCAAAUUUCCAUGAACAAGUUUCCAUCUAAUCAUUAACACCCUGAGUCAGCAGGAAGUUGCACCGGCGCUGAGCGCCGCUACCGGUGCAUAUUGUCCCAAGUCAUUUUGAUACAUGCCACAUUCAUGGUUACAGUGCAUUUUGGAAAUUUUUGGUUGAAAUUGUUUCAAAUUCAUUGCUUUUAGGGCAUGGAAAGAAAUAAACUGAUGCCUAAAUUCUAUAAGCAUAUGAGGUUUUGAUU